AACUAUUUUUCGAUUUUUCUCUUAAUUUCCUAUCAACUCCGAUCCCUUUCCAAAAGGACUAUCAAAAGGUGUGAUUCCCCAUUCUAUAACCAUUUUUCCCUUUUUUCUCUUAAUUUCUUAUCAAUUUCAAUCCCAGAAGGACUAUGAAUUGGGUUAGUUGCGAUUCCAAAAUUCUUCAUCCUCUUUCUUCAUUCGAAUGAUUCCAGCUGUAACAAUGGGUGUGCGAUAAACAAAUUAGUUGCGAUUCUUCAUCCCCAUUUUCGUAGCCCUAGCUAUCAUUCACUCUCUCUCCCAAUUUUUUCUCUAAAUCGCACUCCCACCGACUGUUAGGAGUGAGAUACCUUAGGACCAGCAACAAUCACUUCGCCAUUUCUAUUACCAAUCUCUUAAGUUGGGUGGUGGUGGGGUAAGUACGAACUUCAUCACAAUUCAUCUAACCUCUUUAUAAAUAAAGUUGUUGUAGUCAUAUAAACAUGAAUUUUAUCAUGUUCUUGAUUGAUGUUCUUGAUUCAUGAAUUGACAUAUAUUGACAUAUAUAAACAAUUUUCAAUCCCUGAAUGAAAUCAAAGACAUGAAGUCAAAUAUCAUUCUCUACCAUUAUUGAUCCUUUUUUUAUUGUAAUUCUUCUUUCUUCUCUGCGAUUUGUGGGUGAAGAGAUCGACAAACCAAGUCUGGGUGUUGAGAUACGGUACGACAUGGAAUGGGGAGAGGAUAUUGUUCCAAGAUUGGGUCAAUGUGGUGGCUUACGUUAGGGUUAAAUGACGUGAAUGAUUCUGAAAUUCUUCUUCCUCUUCUGCCGCUAACAAUUAAGCUCAAUUUUCACUGUAAUCGUCAUUUAACCCUAAAGAUUGUGGGUGAAAGAACAACUCGACCGAUUCGGCUUGCAACAAUGACUACAACUCGAUGGCUGUUUGAUAAUUCAUGGCAGAGAUGGUGAGAUUUUGUGGUUUGCCGAGUGAAGUUGUGGAAAAAAUUCAUGUUGUGGGUACUUGCAAUAGAGCUUGUUCACGGUACUACUAAUGACACAGCAAAGUGGACCUCCUGGCCUUCCUAAUCACAUUCAGAACUAAUUUUUUAAACUCCCUUGUUUUCUUGUUAAAUUACUACCUUUACCUUUGAAAUUGUUUAUUAUAUAUUGUUGUAACAUCAAUAUGACUACUAUAUAGCAAUAAGUUGCAAAUACUGAGGCAAAGGUAUUACUAUGCAAUGUGGAGUGCUGAUGGGACACCAUAUAUGAUGUUAAUAAACAUAGAUGGAUGCUACUUGAUCGAUAGAAAUUUCAAUUUUAGAAGGGUUAAGAUGAGAUUCCCAUUUCCUUGCAAACACACAAACCAUGACCAUGAGCCGAAGAUGGUAUACGAUUGAAGCCUACCUCUGCUGUAAUUCAUCUUCUCUUCCUCUGCUUUCUAUCUACAAAAUAAUAAAUAAGUUCAUUUUUUUUCCAAGUUUCUAAUAUGAAUUUGAAGGAACAGUAAAUAUAUGUGUUGGAUCUUUUGUUUUUUUUUUUUUGAACUGAUAUAUGUUGGAUCUUAAAUAUAAAUAUAUAUAUAAUAUAUUUUUUGAUAUACGAAGGAAAUUUCGAAAUCAUUUUUUUUUGUGGAAAUCGAUUUUCAGAAUAGGAAAGUUAGUGAAAGUUAGCAGGAGGAACAAAGCUCAUGACGAAAUUGUGACUCUAUACAAGGUAUAUAUUAAUUUGAAUUGAAAGCUUGCCUUCUUUGUUUUUUAUUCAUUUUCUUUAGUACGUUGUUAUUUCUUGGGUUAAAUUGUUCUUCUAUUAUUUUUUUUUCCUUUCGUAUUUGGUGGAUCGCAUGAAAAGUUUGCCAUAAACUUUUAUAAAUAAUUCUCAUUGAUGAAAAUAAUUUUGACUAAUUUUAUCAAGAAUUAGUUAUAGAAUCAGUUAGAUUCUAUUGUCGGUUAUGUUAGUUAGACUGUGUCAGUAAUGUUAGUUGGUUUUGUUAUCUCUCUGUAUUCAUUCUCUGCCUAUAUAAGGCUCUCUAUUGUAUUUCUCUGUUCUAAUAUGGUAUCAGAAGAAAUUGCCUAAAUCUUCAAGCUUUUUCACGCUUUCAUCCAUGGUGAGGACACGAGCAACUAUCUUGGCUACUUCCACCGAUCCCGUGGUCGAUGCCCCUGCUCCGAUCGAUCCCCAACCAUCUUCAGACUUCCGCUGAUAACAAUAACAAUCAAGCUCAGUCACCAGCUCCUCCACCUGUUCAACAAACUCAACCCGAUCGUCCUGCCUACGAGGACAUCAGAAGUCCCUAUUAUCUGAGUAAUGCAGACCAUCCGGGGCUCGUUCUUGCUACUCCAAUUCUUACAGAUCGAAACUUCCAACCAUGGCGCAGAGACUUCAAGAUCUCCAUUGGAGCCCGCAAUAAAACUCCAUUUCUUGAAGGUAUACUCCCUCAACCCCCUCCUAAUGAUUCUCUCUUUGGUUCUUGUAUCCGAUGUAACCAAAUGGUUAUGUCUUGGAUCUUACAUUCGAUCUCACCUGAGAUCAAAAGCAGCAUCAUGUACCUUGACACUGCUGCCGAGAUGUGGACAGUAUUACACAAUCGAUUUAAUCAAGGAAAUGGGCCAAGAAUCUUUGAGCUCAAUGAAACCCUUACUUAUCUUCAUCAAGGGGAAGAUUCUCUUAGCUCUUACUUCACUAAACUCACGACCAUUUGGGAUGAAAUUCAUCAAUUGAGGCCAAAAAUUCCCUGCACUUGUGCUGCAGCAACUCAGUCCCAAGAUCAUACUAAUCAUGAUCAAGUCCUUCAAUUUCUUAAAGGACUUAAUGAAACUUACCAUGCUGUUCGUGACCAGCUAUUACUCCUUGACCCUUGUCCCCCUCUCAACAAAGUUUUUUCAAAGACUGUCCAUCAAGAACGCCAAAGAACCAUUGGCCAUCGAACCAUCCCCACCUUUGCUGCCACUGCUACUUCCACACCAGCAGCCAAUAACACAGAUCCUGCCCCUGCUGCUAAUCAGACUUCAAGAAACAAAAAGCCCUGUCCAAUGUGUACCCACUGUCAAAAAUCUGGGCAUUAUAAGGACAAAUGCUAUUUUUUUUUUGCAUGGUUUUCCUCCAGGAUAUGGCACUCGAAAGCCAACUGAUCCAUCAACUGUUGGGUUUUAUGCCCUAAAUAAAACUCAUUUCAAUAUAAUCAGAUUUACUUAUUAAUAUAGAUCAGAAAUAACAUUUAAUGUUGCAUGGUUCACAUGAUUUAUUUCAUGAUUAUAUGUACAUAAUGUAUAAAUUCAUCUGAAACCCUUUUCACAUACUUGAUCCUGUUUAUUGUGUUGUCAACACAUUGGAAAGUAAACAUGACUAUGUGAAUAAAGAUUCCUAGA